CCUUUUUGCGUGAUCUUCUUCUAUAUAUGGCUGUCUUUAUCUCCACAAGUGGCUUUUAGAGAAGGCUCUUUUGAGUUUUGGUGUUGAUUCUAGCUAGGGUUUCCAUUAACAAUGGCUGAUUCUUCUUCUGCUUCUUACAUUCACAUGGUGCAGCACAUGAUAGAGAAAUGUUUGAUCUUCCAUAUGAGCAAAGAAGAAUGUGUGGAAGCUCUCUCUAAGCAUGCAAACAUCACUCCUGUCAUCACCUCUACGGUGUGGAAGGAGCUGGAGAAAGAGAACAAGGAGUUCUUCAAGGCGUAUGAAGAGAGGCAAAGCAAACAAGAGCAAAUGUCGGAGGAAGAGACAAACCAGAUGAUCCAGAAGAUUAUCUCGGAUUCAUCUAAAGAAUCCGACGAAUGAUCGCGAUGUUCGAUCGUUAGAUUUCCAAAAACCUUAUAGUUUACAUAUAUAUGAAUCUCAUGAAAGCGAUUUAUCCCUGACGCAUGCAUGUUUAUGUGUGAAUUAAAUCGUUUUUUCCUCUCUUCGCAUCGGUCCAACAAGAAAGACAGCAAAAAAAAUGGAGUGGUGACACUCAUUUUUGGUACGUUAUACGUACGUGGUCCACAUAAUAUUGCCUUUGUAUAAUUAUUAAAUAUAAUAAAACUGACGCUCAUACAUCGAUAGAUCGUGUGGCGUUUUAAUUGAAUGUA